AUGAUGCAUCGUCAAGAACGUAGUCAUUUAAGUUCAGAAUCUGCAUCAUCAGAAAUAUCUAGUAUUACGUCUAGAGCAACAACAUUAACUGGUGCUUUUAGUGAUAAUAAAAGUAAUACAUCAUUAGAAUAUCAACCAGUAAUAAGUGGCUUAGAUCGAUUAAAAAUCUAUCGAGUAGAAGAUGAUCACUCGUCGGCUUUCUCAAGUACAGCUCCAAGUGCUAGUACUGUUAUCAACAUGAAACCUAACACAAAUAGAAUCGAUAAUAAUCAAUCUAAUGAAAUGAUUACUCAAAAUCAACAAAAACCAUGGAUUAAUCCAUAUUGGGGUUCAAAUUGGAAGCCUAAUACAACAGCAACUCGAUCAGAAGCAAACAAAAUCAAUACAAAUACUAAUGUUCCAUAUUCUUCAGCACCUGGUCACAUCAGUCAACUUAUUCCGGGUUCGAUAUUAAUUAAUGAUCAAGGUGAACUUGAUGAUUUAUCAUGGAAUAAAAAUACACAUAUUCAACCACUGUUUUCGAAUAAUCCAUUAAAUCCCAGUGGUAAAUAUAUACCAGAUGAUAAUCGUGGCCCUGGUGGUUAUCUUGCACCAACACAUGUUCAACGUCGAAUCGUAAUAUCAUCACCAGGAAUAUUUGUAAAUCCUGAAAUUAAUUUUGGUUAUACACGAUCAAGUUCAUCAUCGGAUCUUAAUACUCACAGUCGACCUACAUUCAAUCGACAACAAACUUUUCCUGAGAGAACGGACAAUAAUAUUCAACAAUGGGUCAAUCCCUAUUGGGUCACUAACUCCAUAUCUCAUUCGUAUCCAGAAAACAUGACAUCUCCUCAAUUAAUGAACUCAAGCAAUGAUCCAUCAUCUUCAUUUAAUGAUUAUGCAUCUUUGACUUCUUCUUCAGCAGUUGUACUUACUGAAGCAGAUCUGGAGAGUAUUCAACAUGCUCUUUAUUUACUUGAAACUAGCCCAAAUGUGAUAUCUGUCAUUGGAAAUUCUCAACAAACACCAUUAUCAACUAUUAGCCAUUCUAAUAAUCCUUCAUCAUCCUUAGCUUCUUUAUUUACUGGUAAUAAAGAACAACCGUCUCAACCACGACCACCAUCAUUCUCAGCAAAUAUACAACACAAUCUUCCAUCGUAUCCAUAUAAUUCUAAUUCUCAACAAUCGCCACUUUUCUCCACCCCUAGUUAUCCUUCAAAUUCAAAUGAUAUUUUAGAUCUUCUUUCAAUGAUAAAUAAUCAAUAUUAUGAAAAACAAGCAUUUCUCGAUCAUUCUAAUGGUCAUUGUUUAUCAUCAUCAAGUGAUAAUGAAACAAUGUCGCGAUAUUUGAAAAUUCAACGAAAUUUUAAGCGUUUUUAUAUCACAACAAAACUUCGUUCAUCAUGGAUACGUAUUCUUUUAUAUCUUCUUCUUUUUAUUAUCUAUUCAAUUUUUAUUAUAAAUUUCUAUGAGUAUUUUUUUGUUCAACCCGAUUUUUCAUCUAAAUUAUUAAGUUCUUCAUAUGCUUGUCAUGAUACAUCAUCGUGUGCUAUUAAAAAUGGCUUAUUAAUAAGAAAUGAAAAAGUUAUACAAAAUAAAAAUUAUUCACGAAAUGCAUUUUUUUCUGCUUUAUAUACUGAUAAUUAUUUACUUGGUGCACUUAUUCUUGGUUAUACAAUACAAAUAUAUCAUCCAAAUCAUCCAAUGUAUAUGCUUUAUUUUCAAGAUAGAUUAUACAAUGAAACAACCUUGUGUGCUUUACAAAUAAUUGGAUGGAAAUUAAUGAAUGUUAAACGAAUUCCAUCAGUACCUGGUACAAAUAAAAAAUAUGUUGAUCAAUUUACAAAAUUAAUUCUUUGGAAUAUGACACAAUUUGAUUCAAUUGUUUAUCUUGAUUGUGAUACAGUUGUUUUAAAUGAUCUUUCUCAUUUACAUGAACUUGUUAUGGAACCAAAGCGAACUGGUUUUGAAUUUGCUGCUGCAACAGAUAAUUGGUUUGGAACAUAUAUUUAUAAAUUUAAUGCUGGUGUACUUGUUCUUCAUCCAUCACAAAUUGUUUUUAAUGAACUUAUGCGUACAUAUAUAAUACCAGGAAAUUAUCGUACUGUCAUGGCUGAACAAGAAUUUCUAAAUCAAUUUUUUCGUCUUCGCUAUUUACAAUUACCAACAGUUUAUAAUAUGAAUAUGGCUGUUUAUUCUAGUAAACAAUAUUUAUGGGAAACAUUGAGACCAGAUUUUAAAAUUGUACAUUUUACGAUAAGAAAACCAUUUAUGUCCGAUGGAAAAAGUACACGAGGAUAUAAAGGUGUUUAUGACUUAUAUGAUGAGGUUUAUACAGAUUUUCUUAAAAAUCCAAAGGUAUCUUUACUCCGAACAUCUUGUUCUUUGAUUCUAUAA